AUGGAGAUUUAUCCAUGCACUAGAAGCAGUUUCAUCCAAAGUAGCCACUCAGUGGUUCCUAGCAGUUUAUUAUUCAGUGCUGGUCUACUGGGUAAUUUAAUUGCUCUUCUCAUCUUAUGGCAACACAAGUUCCAUGUCAAGAAAAAAAAGAUUUCAGUUUUCUAUAUUCUUGUCACUGGGCUAACUAUCACCAAUCUGAUGGGGAAGUGUCUGGUUAGUCCCAUGGUAUUGGCUGCUUAUUCCAAAAAUCAGACAUUGGUGCAGAUGGCUGAUGACCAGUCUCUCUGCCAUCUCUUUGGCUUCUUCAUGACUUUUUUUGGUUUGGCUCCAAUGCUUAUUCUAUUGGCCAUGGCUCUCGACUGUUGGCUUGCUCUUGGAUACCCGUUUUUCUACCGGGUGCACAUCACCAAAAAAGUUGGUUUGUUGGUGCCAGUUGGAGUCUACAUCUUUAGCACUGGUUUCUGUGCCAUGCCCUUUUUGGGAUUUGGUCAGUAUGAACAAUAUUGUCCUGGAACAUGGUGUUUUAUACAAAUGACCUCUGAGGAUUCAAAUGCCAGUGCCUUUGCUUAUUCUAUGUUGUAUGGCACUGUCACAGGAUUCCUUGUUCUAGCCAUUAUAUCUUGCAAUAUUGCAGUCAUGAAGCACCUUUACCGAAUGUACCAAAGCCAACAUCAAAAGGGCAUUACAUUUAGCAAAGUAACUAUCAAGCAAGAGAAGCAAGCAGGGAUGGAGGAACUGGACCACCUGAUUCUCCUGGCAGUCAUGACAAUUUUAUUUGCUAUCUGUUCUUUACCCCUAACGGUCAGAGUAUACAUCGGAGCAUUUACAGAUGAAAAAAACGAGUAUGCUGACCUUAUUGUACUGAGGUUUUUAUCAAUGAAUUCCAUUGUGGAUCCGUGGAUUUUCAUCAUUUGCAGGACAUCCAAAUUUCACACUCAUAUACAUCGUCUCUGUAGAAGAAUUCACUUCAAGGACAAUAUUCAGAUGCAGCUUCUUCACAACAGUAAUCCAGUAAGACUGGAGCAACAAAAAUAA